CUUCUUGCACUUCAGAGCACAAAGAACUCGGCGGAAGUAAAACCCGGAGUUCCCUUCACCGACUCUGGCUACGGGUCAAUUCUCAACCCAAAUUACACUGCCAAUGAUGCUCGCCCAGAGGCCACACCUCAAGACGCAGCGGAGGACACGCAUGCCGAUGAUGCAAUGACAGUGUACUCGGCGGCAACAACCGUAACACCACAUCAUGCCCAGCAGUAUAUAUCUGAGUUCUGCGAUGAUCUUCAUUCGAAAUUCAAGCAACAGAUCGAUGCCAAGACUUGGAAAAUUGUGUUUCAAAGGCUGCCCGAGCUUAUCAAAACGUUUGCUCUCAGACUAGGACAGGAAUCGUCAUCCGUGAAGAGUCGACACAUCGUGUAUUUCCUCCAUAAGCGUCAUCGCGAGAUUGCCAAGCACAUGGAAUCGGUGGUUUCAGGUGCAGGCGGUGAUGUCGUCGAGAGUCCAAAAGUCGACACUGAAGGCAUGUCCUUAUUCGAUAAAAUGAACAUGUGGAACGAUCGAGCCGAUGAAAGCGACAAGGUUGCGAAUCGUGAUGACUGUUUCGAGGGUGUGUACGACGUGGAUGAAGAAGACAUUGGCCAAGUGGACACGUCUGUCUACAACGAGACUAUCCUCAACAGUGCCGCUUAUCAGUGGUUCAUCGCCACAAUCCAAAAGGAACAGCGUAUCGAUCGAGGCGGAAAAGAGGAUCGUGCCGUCAUUGACGAAAUUCGCAAGGCCAUCAUCACUCGACUCCCUGCUGCCUGCAUCAGCAAACGACGACCUGUGCCAUCAUCCGUCGUAGCCUUUCGGCUUGAAUGGUGGAAGCUCAAGCCUCGUCUCGAAGCGGGGCGAACGAGACUGGGAUUGUCACUUGGUCAAUGUUUGUCGCAUGUAAUAACAGUGACAGGGUCGUCUAAUGGAGCACAAGCAACGACAAUCAGGAAUUACAUGUCCCAGACAUGGCCAAUGAGUAAUGCUAUCCUUCUAAGUGCUCUUGAGCACGUGGUCGACGACGAUCAAGGAACUGUGUAUCAUGCGCAACUAUUGGACAAGACCAUAAUCAGGGUUUAUAUUCGAGGAGCAUAUCUGCUUGUUGCGAUCCGGGGACCAGCGCAAUCGAUUGCCGAGUGUGGUGAGCAGCUGGCAUGGCUCGCUGCUGGACUAUCCCCAAGUCUAGGCUUCAAUCAUUGCACAUCCACCAUCACCGAGAAUGAUUACGAUGGUUAUUUGAACGAUCUGUAUCCAGGUUGCAAAGUGACGACGUUUGACGUCAGUCUUCAGCAGAGCAAUGUCGGGUCGAACUUGUCAAAGGCACCCUGCCUGGUUCGGGCCGUCGGCAACCCUUCCAUCGUCACAGGGUUCCCGACCGCUCGGCGUCCAGAAAAUUUCCUUGGACUCGAAAUUGACACAGAGCUUCUGCUUUCAAUCAUCAAAACCACUGAUGACGGGUUGUUUUGGCCUGGGUGCGGAAAGAGGCUCGCAGUCUUUCAGCAGACCGACGAUGUCGUCCUCUGGCACAUCUGCCACUCGGCUAGUCGACCCUGUCUCUGUUGCAUGAGACACUGCUCACUUUACCCGCGUGGAUUUCUUUCCAUCGAUAGUCUGAGAAACUGUCGCCACAUUGUUGACUUGUGUGGUGACUCUGACCAUCUCCUGGCUGAGGGCCAGUUGCGGCCUUCCACCAAAGAAGACAUCUCCAGGCUCAUGAUGGAAAACCAACCGGAACAUGAUGACAACGAUGCUUACUUUAAAGAUACGUCAUGGAGCGGUAGUAGUUCUCAUUUGAGAACGGGCGCUGAUUCCACGGACGCCUCGUUCGAAAGCGACCUGUUUUCAGAUUCGGGUUCCUCAGAAGUCUAUGAGCCACUGGAUAGCAGCGACCAAGACUUUCCAGCUCUGAACCGGGUUCUCCAGACACUACUCUCGGGCUUCAGAGAAAGUUGUCAGGUGCGGAAGAGGCCUGGCCAAAGCGAAACCUCAUCUGGCACCGGGUCAGAGACUUUCAGACCCCUUCGUGCAGCCAUCUCAACAAAUUCGUCGUCCCACCCGUGUCGCAAGAGACAGCGUCAGCAGAGCGACGAUGAGGGUUCUGGAAACGAAGAUAUGCCACCACCUGAUAAGAGAGCGGCCCUACCUCAAGGCAAACGCAGAAGACAGCAGCUAGCGUGUCCGUUCUGGAAGCGGAAUCCUGGCCAACACCGAGCAUGUUUCUCAAAGACAUUGAGGAGGAUACGAGACGUCAAACAGCAUUUGACACGGAAACAUACUCCUGAGUUCUACUGCGAAUGUUGCUGUGCCACUUUUGACAAUGAGGACAGCCAUCGAAGACAUGUUACCCAUGUCUCUGGUGAAGUGUGCGUCCACGACCCCACUGUUGUGCUAGAUGGCAUCUCUCAUCAGCAGCAUCGACGCCUAUCGAAAAAGUCAGACUUUAAGUUUACAGAUCAAGAACAAUGGUUUUCAGUCUGGGACAUACUUUUUCCAGGAAGUCAACGACCUGACUCAGCUUACCUUGACUUUGGCCUAUCUGAGGAAACCAGCAGCUUUCGAGAGUACUGCUUCCAAUAUGGGCCUGCAACGCUUGAGCAAGCCCUGGCAGACGAAAUUCCCGAGGUCGAAAGGAGACAGCAUCUGAUAAGGAUAUGCCAGACUGGCUAUAACCAGCUUUUUGAAGCGUGGUAUUCCAGUCGCGACUCACGGGAGACGUCGUCUCGCAAUGGUUCGUCCACAACCAGCCAAAGCGGCACCCGACUGCCGCAAUGCCAACCGACACCAAGCUCCUCGUUAGAUAACUCUUUUCUGACGAGAGAAAAUCCCGCUCUUGUGGACCCUCAAUCUCAGUAUUCGGUUCCAAAUCCUGAUAUGGACCAGUCGAGACCUCCGUGCGCAUGGAACGAUGCCUCACAACUACCCUUAGGAACCAUGGCGAGUGGAGACUUCCAAAUUUCUGACCAAGACCUUCCCAACAUGAACCCCAACAUACCCUUGCAAUCUUGGUCUGGAGCGGGAGAGACAAGUACUGUGCAGUUUAUCUUCGACCCAAUCGUGCGUAGCUCUGCAGGACUGAAUCCGGGCGAUCUGCAAAUUGACGGAGGAAUGGACUUCAGCAGUUUUCUAAACUACGCAGGAGACACAAACCCCAACCAGUAACUGAAGUGUAGCAUGAGAAUUAGAUGGUGAGAAGUUGGACAAGGCGUAAAUAUUGCUUGCUUUCUAGGGUCAUAGGAAACAAUGGUUGCGAAACUGUAGCAUAGAAUUUCAUCAAAGAUGGGCUACAGGUUCGAUCAUGUCUACUUAUCCGCCACUUUGAAAAGAAGCCCUUCAGUGACCCGGCCGAUCCUGUGAUGCCCACCAUUAGCCACUGCUGAGGUCACCCCCUGCCGCACCUGUUUCUCUUAAAAGGCGUCAGAUUCUGAAUGACUUACCCUGUUCCCCCUUCGAGCGCUCUGGGGAUCCUCUGCCGAUCGCCCUUAAUGCCGAUG